AUGCAGGAGAACAACCAUGGAGGCAGUGGCAGUAGUAGCGGCAGUUUAGGGCACGAGACGCUCUACGAGGCCGUGAACCAUUUCAACGGACGCGAGGUGCAGGCACUGCUGGCAGCCAACUUCAACGAAUACGUAAAGGUUGCAGAGACCUACACCGAGGGUGUCUUCAAAAGAGGAGGUGUUCGACAAGGCGGAGACGACGACGUAGACGGGGGGUUUACGACGGUUUCCAGUGGGAACCACAACAAUGGAAAUGCGGGUACCAAUGGACGUGGACGGGACCUAUUGGGAGAGUUGAGCAAGAGCAUGGACCAUCUUUCCCGAGGCACCGGUAGUGGAUACCGAGGACGUGGACAUAAUAACAACAAUAACAACAACAACAAUACUAAUACUACUAUUAAUAAUAAUAAUAAUAAUAAUAAUAAUAAUAAUAGCAAUAGUACCAAUAGUACCAAUAAUAACCGUUAUAGAUGA